CUAACACCAGGAGACAGGCAGACAAGGAGAGGACGAGUCAGAUGCUCCUCUACUUUACUUCUGUGAUGUCUCUUCCAACAGGACAUUGCUAAUUAGCGCACACACUCCGUCCUACUGUAUCUGGGGAUCCUCACUCUUCUGCUGCUCAAACACUCUCAGGAACCAUGAUGCGUGUCACGGUCCUGCUUAUCUUUCUGACAUGUGUGGUGCUGUCGUUGGCCCAACAUGAGGCAAGCUACUGUGCUUUCUAUGAGGAGUGCGGCAAGAACCCAUUGCCAGGACAACCUCUUAUCCCUCCAAUUGUCCCCUGCCUCAACUACAGCAAAGCCCGACCUGUCAGCGGAGAACACUACAAGAAACUCAUAGAGGUGUGUCCCAUGCUGGACCGUGGAAUAGACAACACCUACGCCUGCUGCUCCAUCAAACAGCUGAUCUCUCUGCGAACUAGUCUGACACUUUCCAAGGUUGUGCUGAUUCGCUGUCCUUCUUGCGUUGAGAACUUUGCCCACCUGCACUGUAUUACCACAUGCAGCCCUAAUCAGUCCCAGACAGUAAAAGUCACAAAAGUGAUUAAUAACAUUGUUCAGAACCAGAUAAAGAAGGCAGUGGUGGGCUACCAGGCUUUCAUCAAUGCCAGCUUUGCAGAAGGCGCCUUCCAGUCAUGUAAAAAUGUCCGGAUCCCCGCCACAGGAGACUUCGCCAUUGGUACCAUGUGCGGUCGCUACGGGGCCAAGCUGUGCACUGCCCAGCGCUGGUAUGACUUCCAGGGAGACUCCAGUAAUGGCUUGGCUCCACUGGACAUUGACUUCCAGCUGAUAAAAGACGGAGACACCACAGUUCUACCAGAGGGCGUGGUGCCCUAUAACGGAACAGCGCUCAAGUGUAACGAGACCACGCCAUCCGGGGGCGAGGUCUGCUCCUGCCAGGACUGCCAGGAGUCCUGCCCCGUUGUGCCCCCUCCCCAGCCGCCCCCCGGCCCCUUCUAAGUGUAGGGAUAAAUAAGGUUGUCUGUAAGUUCUGUUUAUUUCACCUCGUGAUGACGUUGACUGUCUGUCAAAUUCACUACCAGCCAGACUAGACAGACUAUUUAUGACUCAUGAAGCAAACUUCAUUGCUUUAGCUUUGGUGACCAAAUCAGAAACUUUCUAUUACUAACGAAUUAACCAGCAAAAUCAGUAUGAAAUCAUUGAAGUGCCCAUUUGACACUCCUUCCUUUAGGCCAGGUGGCCUAAAGGUGCCAGGUCUGAGUUGUCUUUUACCAGCAUGGAUAAACUAAGGUAGAGACUGAGCAUCAAUAGUGGCUGUGCCUCAUACUCCUAUAUAUUUGACUGUAUUUUGGUUUAUUUUAUUUUCUGUAAUAUUGACAAUUUUUCAUGGACUCAAUAAAAACUCCACCAAAGCA